AUGGGCGACUGGGUGAGGAACGUGGGUGAGCGCGCCAGUUGGCAUGACGCGCAAGAUCUGCCCUCUUCCAUCUCUGGUGAGGGAGUGCAGGGCAAGUGGGCUUCCUUCGAGCGGCCUCUUCCCAAGAUGUUGGACGUCGCAUUCCUCGACCAGGCUGAAGAGACCUUCAACCACGAACAGAACUUCGUUCCGCCCGCCAAGUGUACAGGCAGUGAGCACUGCAACGACUUUGUGCUCGAGGGUAGCCCAUUCGUUGUUGCUCUUAACAACGCCUACGUCGACUACGACGGAUUGGUGUUCGACAGCUCGUGGGUCUAUCCGAGCCAGGGCAAUCGCAGGUGGCACGAGCCCCACUGGCAGGCAAAGGAGGAGGCGGACAUGGCGGCCGCCGCCGCGGAGCAGCCCACCGACCCCAUCACGUCGGAGUCUGGCCAGCUGGCCAGCGAUGAGGCCAAGAGGCAUUCCGGAGGCGAGGGCGGAGGCGAGCCGAUGCGCCACGCAGGCGAACGCCCCUCGGGGGGCCACGGUCCGGGUGUCUUCAUGCCCGCGAGACCCCUCUCGGUGAUCUGCGUCGACAAGCUCGUCACCAUCCUUCAGCCCUACCAGGAGAACUACUACCACUUCGUGGCGGAGAGUCUGCCGCGAUUGAUCAUGGCCAGGGACAUCCUGCUGCAGGACCCGUCAUUCUUGGCGAGGCUCGGCAUCGCCGCUGACAGGAUCGAGACCCUCCGCCAUGAUCACGUAAUCUUCGCGAACACCCUGUACGUGCCCACGCCGACCAAGAUGUUCUCGCCGCCCCAGGAGAAUCUGUUGGCGCUCUACCAACACCUCGCCGUCGACGUUCCGGUGCAAGGUCCGAGGAACCUGGUGAUCUACGCGUCGCGCGAAGGGUCGUGGUCCCGCGAUGUGGCGAACGAGAGGUUCAUCAUCAAAGCCAUGCGCGCUCUGCUUGCCAAGACCGAUCUGGAGUUGGUGGUCUUCGACGGUUCGCUCGGCGUGGAGGAGACCAUCGGCCUUUUCCAGCGCGCCAUCUUGGUCAUCGGACCGCACGGCGCUGGCAUGACGAACAUGCUGUGGACGCAGGAAGGGACCAAGGUCAUCGAAUUCCUGCACAUGUCCUACCCUCUCCUCUGCUACUGGCACAUGGCCGCCGCGGUGGGGGUAGAGUACUGGAUGUUGCCCAUUCCCGAGUCUUCGUGGGCCGGCAACAUGGUGGUCCCCGUGCAGGAGGUGCUCGAUAUCGUGGUCGCCGCCCUCAAGCCCCACUUCGCCACUGAUCACCCGGAGGAGCUCUGCCCUCCCGGCAUGGCCCUCGACAGGAUGCGGGGAUGCACGCCCUGCCCGCUCGGCACCUUCUCCUACCACCCCAAUUCCGAGGUCUGCACGGCGUGUGCCCGGGGCCAGUUCGCCGAGGGCUCGGGCAACACCCACUGCUCCAUGUGCCCGCCCGGCUCGUACGCAGCGGAAGAAGGCUCGACCUCCUGCACUGCGUGCCCGCCAGUCCAGGGUGCCCUAGAGCCCAACGCGCCGGUGGUGUGGGGCAGCAGGAGCCAGGACACGUGCCCUGCGCACAUCAGGCCGGACGACCCCCGGUUCUUCCACUUCUACGGCGUGUACGCCGCCAACGACAGGGCUAUGGUGCAACCCGGUCACUCCCACAUGGUGGGCGCCUGCUGUAUGCACUGGAUCGUCGGCGUCCUCCUCUUCGCGUUGCUCCUCCUCUUCAUCCUCAGGUGA